UAACACUCAAUCGCAAUGGAUGAAGAGACGAGCACACAGGACAGCAGGGAGCCAAGUAGAGAUUUUCUCGAGGAGAUCAAUUUUCCAGAGCCGGGCAUCAUCAAUCUGGAGAUGAUCAAGUCUGCCUACUUGGAAGAGGGGCAGCACGGGGAGACGCGUCGUUUGCAUCAGCUGGAACCAGUUGUGUUGGAACGAAUUAAAACAUUGCGUCUCGAGUUCAAAAAUAUACUACGUAUAGAUCAUCUCUGGGUUCUGCCAAAUCUAACAAAACUUUGUUUAAACUGCAACAAAAUUGAAGUAAUCGAACAUAUUGGCAUGUUGACAUCGCUCAAGGAACUUAAUCUGAGCUUUAACUACAUUACGAAAAUUGAGAAUCUAGAAACUCUAGUUAAUUUGGAAGUAUUAUCCUUAUUUAGUAAUCACAUAACAAAAAUUGAAAACUUGGAGACACUUGACAAAUUAGUAAUUCUGAGCAUUGGCAACAAUUUAAUUGACAAAUUUGAUGGUAUUGACCGUCUUCGUUUUGUAAGCAGCUUAAAGGUGCUCAAUUUGGAAGGAAAUCCUAUUGCCAAGCUACCCGACUUUCCACUAUCCCAAUAUGUAACUGCUAUAUUGCCUCAAUUAAAUUAUUAUGAAUAUGUGUUCAUCAAGGACGAGAUGCGGGAGACGGCACAGAAGCGAUUUUACCGUGAAGUGCGUGAGAUCGAAGGCAAGCAGGAAAAGGAAAUUGUGGGACGUGAGACGGAGGCACGCGAGCACGCCGAGGCGGAGAGAUUGGCAUCCAGCUUUGUGGAGCAUCUGGAUGGACAUCAACUUUACGAAUCCAUGUGGCGUGACGACAAUGAUGGUAAAGUCCUUAUGCUAAUUGGAGCACAGGCUCAAGAGCUGGCCGAGGAAUACGAAAAGGAUAUACACCAGCUAACCCAACGGAUAUACAAACUGGGACUGGCGCGAUUCAGUGAGCGUGAUGAAGAAGUCAAGGAUUUCAUGGGCAGCCUGCAGGAGGGACAACAACAACUACAAUCGCUAGGACAGCAACAGAUCGACGAGUUUCUACAGUACAGGGACAAAUCCUUUGAGGAAGCCAGCAUCACAUUACGGAAAUUGGAAAAAUGUGAGGAAAAUUCGAGAGAGCAUUUUGAACAUUGCGAAGAGAUGGACACGCUCAAUGAGCAGUUCGAGGAGACACUACAUGAGAUGUGGCACAGUCUAAUGGCACAGGAGUUGCAUCUACAUGAGGCAGUUGAGGAAUCAACUUUUAACUUUGACCGCCGAAUCUCCCGCUUAAUGUCCAGUUUUGUCGAGGAGGCACAAUUAUAUUUUCUCCAGCUACGCGAAAUCUGUCAACACUUCUCGCACAACAUGAUCGAGGCAGUCUCCUGUUUCAUAUCCCACAAACUGGAUAUACAGGAUCUGGAUAAUGUGCCUCAGGAGCUGCGCAAGUGCAUCGAUGAUCGGGAAGCCGUUUUGAAGCUUGUCGCCGACAUGAAAGCCACACAUAUUUCGCGUAUUGAGGAGCGCGAGGAUCGCAUGGUCAACAGAAGCAAGGAAUUCAUCGAUACCUUGAUUCAAAAGAAAAGCAAAGAGGAAAACGAACGUCAUCGUGCGAAAAUAUUGGAAAUAAACUCGUUUAUGGAGAUGAUGACCAAGGCAUUGACUAAUCUGCCAGAGGAGAUUCAUCAGGAAGUAUUAAUGGGGCAGUCUUAAAAAUAAAUCAAGCUUUUUAUUUUUAAAGGA